AUGGGUCAGGCUUUCUCGUUUAAUUUCAAAGACUAUCAAAACCUGGCCUCCAGCAUAAAUGAAUAUUUUAAGAAUUUCAAGAUGGAAAAUAAAAUUAUCUCUGAAGAAACCAUCAAAACAAUCACAUCAAACCUGGCAGAAGGGAACCUUGAUGAUAUGUAUAAAAUAAUUGAUGAUGUAUUAAAAAAAAUUGAUAAUGCCACUCUGAAUAUAGCUGUGACUGGUGAGAAUGGUUCAGGGAAGUCUAGUUUCAUCCAUGCCCUGAGAGAUGUUGAUUAUAAUGCAAAGAAUACAGCUGCUGACAGUGUGGUAGAGACAACCACAAAGCCAACUGCAUACAAACACCCAAAGUUUCCCAAUGUGGUAUUUUGGGAAUUGCCAAGCAUUGGAAGCCCUAAUUUCCAGCCCAAAGAGUAUCUAAAGCAAGUUAAAUUUGAUAAAUAUAAAUUCUUUAUUAUUAUUUCUGCUACACAAUUCAAUGACAAUGAUAUACAACUUGCCAAGACAAUCAAAGAUAUGAAGAAAAAUUUCUACUUCAUUAGAUCCAAGGUGGACAUUGAUUUACAAAAUGAACAGAAGUAUAAACCAAAGAACUUUGAUAGAGAAAAAGUCCUACAGACGAUCCGAAACAACUGCCUACACUGCUUUAGACAGAAUCAGAUGGAUGAACCCCAAAUCUUCAUGAUCAACAGUAAUGAUGUAUCUAAGUAUGAUUUCUCAAUCCUGACAGACACCGUACUAAAGGAUCUAUCUGCUCAAAAGCGACACAUCUUUACGCUUUCCUUGCCCAAUGUUACUGAUAAAAUCAUUGAACAAAAGAAGAAUUCUCUGAAGCAGAAAGUCUGGAUACAAGCUGUGAGGGCUGGAUUCUUUGCUACCUUCCCAUUGGGCGGCAUUAUCAGUGAUUAUGAUAUAAACACUGUGAAGAACAGUUUAAAUGACUAUCGAGUCUUCUUUGGGGUGGAUGAUGAAUCUCUGAAAGUUGUGGCUACAAACUUGAAAGUGCCUUGUGAACAACUCAAGGCAGUCCUUGAAUCUCCAAAUAUGUUGGAAAAAGAGGAAGAUAAAUCAGUAAAGGCAACACUUUGUCAAUGGUUGGAGAAGUACUGUUUAGUUGUUGGAGGUCUCCUUGCUGCAGGUUUUUACUUUGGAAAAGCCUUCUCUUGGCACAUUUAUAUCCUGGACACAGUGAGCAAAGAUGCUAAAAUUCUCCUUGAAAAGAGAUUUUCAGAAAAGAAGUAA